UGUCGCGAGCUUGAUUGGGUGCUAACUGACAACAGGUGAACGGGAGUUCAGUGUUCAGAAACACGCAGAGCUCAGGACAUCACAGCGGGAUAAAGUACGCGAUGAGAGGGCGGUGACAGACAGAAAAUCUGGACAAUCCCUUUGCAAUUGGAAGUGGAUGGUAUGUCCCGCAGUGCUUUUGUUUCCUGUGAGAGGAAAACUUCAAUCACGUCAACGCUCUGCCUUCAUUGGUCCGUUUAGUGUUUCAUGAGGCCUCUCAAGGUGUCGACUGAUUGGUCCUUCAUUCCACUUGGAAGACUUGUCAGCAAAUCAGCCUCUGCCUGGCAGCGUCUCCUCUGCAGCAGUUUUCUGGCUCAGUUGGGACAGAGCACAGCGAGAGAGGGGAGACUGAGCUGCACUGCAGCUGAAUCAGAGAUUCUGCACAAGUGAUCUCCAUCAUGGAGGUUCCCAGGAGGCCUCAGCCCUCCUCCUUCACACUGGCUCUCCCUAAACCUCUUGGAGCCAUACAGAAGGUCGCCAAGAAAGAUCCAGUGGAAGAAAAGCUCCAAGAGAAGGAUGGAACCACAGAGAAAAAUCAGUUUGGAGAAGAGACAUUCAGCACAGAGGAGAAGUCAGGCGUAUCUGUGCUUGUUGAAACAUCAGCCGAGACCUCUGAAAUUGAAGAUUCGAACACUUCCACUGUGACCGACUCAAAACUCUCCUCACAGGAUAGUUUCUCAGAGUUCGAGAGUUCGAUAUCAGAGGAGAGGUUAGCACAGGAGGCCGAAGAGGCCAAGAAGAAAUCUGAAGAGGAGGAAGCGGCAGCUAAAGAGAGAGCAGCCCAGAGACAGCUGCUGGCCAUAGAGGAACUGGUCCAUUCAGAGAAGAAUUAUCUUCGACUGCUGCAACUUAGCACAGUGACCAUCAGGAGCAACCUGCAGAAACUACAGCCUCCUCCAGCCAACCUGGACAGCAUGUUUCUCUACAUCGACGAGGUGAUUGAAGUGUCGAGUCGAUUCCUCAGCAUGUUGGACCAGAAGCAGGUUCAGCCUGGAGAUCCUCGCUUCCUGGAGAUGCUCUGUGAUUCCUUCCUCAGUCUGUCUUCAGACAUUGAGGCAGCCUAUAAGGAAUACUUGGCACACUACAACCACAUUACAGUGGUGGAGAACAGCUACAAACAGAAGGAGGGGCUCUGGAACGAGAUCGUCAAAGUCAUCAAAGCCUCAGCGCCUGAUGUAAAUGCCACUUCUCUGAGUUUUUUCCUGGUGAUGCCAGUGCAGCGCAUCGCCCGCUACCCCCUCCUCCUGCAGACCAUUCAGAAACACACCGACCAAGCUCACCCAGCUUACGCGCUGCUGGAGCAGACAGCUCACACCUCUAUUGCCUUAAACUGUCGGAUCAACGAGUACAAACGCUUCAGAGAAGUUGCUGACAAAUACAAGAAGACAGAAACCCUAACCAUCAAGGACAAGAUCAACCGCCUCAACUCCCACAGCAUUGCCAAGAAGACAGCGAGGCUCAGCCAGCAAAUCAAACAUGAGACUGGAAUAGCACCAAAGCUGGUUGAUGAGGAGUUUGACGCCGUCGAAGGCUUCUUUUAUGUUCUGGAGCAUGGGAUCCUGCAGCUCCUUGAGAAUGUGGAGACAUACCUGCACCACCUACAGGGGUUCCUGGCCUGUAAAACAGAGGAGUUUGACUUUGAUAUGGAUGGAGAGAAGGCACCUAUUUGUUACAAGGAGAUCACUACAGCUCUUAGACAGUGGAUUCUUCCUACAUUUGAGAAGAGGAUGAGGACGUUAAUCCACAAGCCGCUGUGUGCUCUCCGUGACCUCCUGGUGGGCCCGAGGAACCUGAUCAGGAAAAGGCUGGACAAGCUGCUCGACUAUGAAGUCAUAGAAGCCAAGUCUAAUCUGAGCUAUGAGGAACAGGCUGUGGCCAACACGUACAGAACAAUCAAUACGUUGCUCCUUAAUGAGCUUCCUCAGUUUAACGGUUUAGCUCUGCAGAUGAUCUGGAGCAUGCUGGGGACGUUCAGCUGUCUGCAUAAAGACCUCGCCUCAGACAUGGAGCAACUUUUCCAGAGCUUUGCACAACAGCUGCCUCACAGCUCACUCAGCCCAGGUGCAUUCUGGGAGUGGGCAGAGUCUACGGUGUUACAAGGGGCGAGGAGCCUGGAGACUCUGUGUCGAAGUGUGGAGGACACGCUGAAUGCCCCGGUCGUCCAGCCUCUGAGCCCAUCCUUUCAGCGCCGUCUGAAGCAGCUAACAGAUAAGCACGGUUCAGGAAAGAUCUACCAGGUGAUAGGGACGGUUGUGGGCAGCCGGGACCUGGACCUGAACCUGACCAAAGGGGAGCUGGUGGCCAUUAUCAGCGAGGCCGACAGCCGUGGAGACAAACGGAGAUGGCUGGUUGAUGCUGGAGGCAAAAGAGGCUAUGCUCCUUCCUCGAAGCUGAUUCGCUAUCAUCAGCCAGCAGAGGACCCGCCCCCUUCCCCACACCUGACCCUGCCAGAUGGUGUGACGGGACUCAGAAGACACUCCUACACCCCAGAGAGCCGGCCGCUGACGGUCGUGAGCCAGCCUUGCUUCCAGGUGAUGGCAGCCUAUGACUUCACAGCGAGAGGAAACCAUGAAGUUACUGUCCGGGCAGGCGAGCCGGUCCGUGUCCUGGAGCCCCACGACAAACGAGGGAACCCUGAAUGGAGCCUGGUGGAGGUGAGAGGUGGGCAGAGAGGCUACGUGCCCUCCAACUACCUCACAAUUAUGCCUAUGGGGAUGGGACCACCACCAGCUGGCUUUCUCCAGUCCUUCUGAUUGGAAGGAAGAAAGGAAAAGGGCCAGAGGUGAAAAAUAGCAGCAUGUACAGCAUCAGUGUGACAGUAUGACAAGGGUUUCAACAGUACUGUCUUUAUAAGGCUUACAGCAGUAUUUUUGUAAUGAAGCUGCAUCUGCUUCUCAGAACUACAGAAACAAUAGCAUGUACAUUAUCUACAUCAUGACCAUCAGCUAUUUUGGUUUUCAGUGUUUUAAACAGACAUCAGAACCAUUGAAUAAUCUACAAUUAUGCCAUGGUACUGUGUGAGCGCUAAAAAGGACAAAUUCUGUUGCUGCUUUCAGUCACACAACUGGAAUUUCUCUUCAUGUGUCUCCUACACUGAUUUCUUGUGCAAAUAACAAGGAAAGUAAAAAAAAGAUUAAGUUAACUUCCUUUUCACAAGUAAAGGCCUUCUCUUUGGCCAUUUCUGCACUGAGACCUGAGCCAACACCAAAAACACACAGUUUCUUUUCAAAAGUGUUCACUGAAGUGGAGAUGGCACAAGUCUCGCAGAAUGGUGUGGACAAACAAAUUUAAGCUUUUUUUUAUUAUUAUUAUUUUUUACACGGACAUCUUAGCAAAAAAAAGUGCUAUAGCAUGUGCAACAGAAAACGUUUAUACAUUUGU